AUGUUCUCCAAGCCGAUCCGCGAACGCGUUGGCGUUGUCACUUUGGGCCUAGUUGCCGUGGGUUCUCAGCUUGUUGCUGCCGGACCUUGUGACAUCUACGCCUCUGGUGGCACGCCAUGCGUUGCCGCACACAGCACGACUCGUUCCUUGUACGGAUCGUACAAUGGCUCGCUCUAUCAGGUUCGCCGGGGCUCUGACAACGCUACCAUCAACAUUGCGCCGCUAUCUACUGGUGGUGUUGCCAAUGCCGCCGCUCAGGACACCUUCUGCAAGUCUACGACGUGCCUCAUCUCCAUCAUCUAUGACCAGUCGGGCCAUGGCAACCACAUCACGCAGGCUCCUCCCGGCGGCGCUGCACAAGGCCCCCUGCCAGGCGGCCUUGAUAACCUGGCUAGCGCAAUUGGUGCGCCUGUCAGAUUGAACGGUCAAAAGGUCUAUGGCACCUUCAUUGCACCCUUCACGGGCUACCGCAACAACGACGCCAAUGGCACUGCAACUGGCGAUGCUGCCGAGGGCAUGUACGCUGUCUUUGACGGCACCCACUACAACACUGCAUGCUGUUUUGAUUACGGAAAUGCCGAGACAAACUCUCGUGAUACCGGUAACGGCCAUAUGGAAGCCAUCUACUUCGGAACUGGUGAUGGUUCGGGUCGCGGAACGGGUUCGGGAAGCGGCCCUUGGAUCAUGGCCGAUUUGGAGAACGGCCUUUUCUCUGGCUUUGAUCCUAUUAACAAUCCUGCCGACCCAACUAUUACAUCUCGUUUUGUUACUGCAAUUAUCAAGGGCGAGCCAAACCUGUGGGCGAUUCGUGGUGGAAACUCCGCCUCCGGCUCUCUGUCCACAUACUACUCCGGCGUCCGCCCCAACAACGGAUAUCAACCCAUGAGCAAAGAAGGAGCUAUUAUUCUCGGCACUGGCGGCGAUAACUCAGACGGAGCUCAAGGAACCUUCUACGAGGGUGUAAUGACGACGGGUUAUCCUUCUGAUGCUACCGAGAACUCGGUGCAAGCCGACAUCGUGGCCGCCAAGUACACGUAUGACCCCAGUUUGAUGACCAGCGGGCCAGCUCUGACCGUUGGAUCUCACAUUUCUCUACGUGCUACAACUGCCUGCUGCACUACGCGUUACAUUGCGCACACAGGCGGCACCGUCAACACCCAAGUUGUCUCGUCGUCUGACAGCACCGCUCUGAAGCAGCAGGCCAGCUGGAUCGUCCACGCCGGUCUCGGAAACAGUGCCUGCUUUUCUUUCGAGUCUGUUGACACUCCUGGCAACUAUAUCCGUCACUCCAACUAUGCUCUGGUUCUCAACGCCAACGAUGGCAGCAAGAUUUUCAGCGAGGACGCCACCUUUUGCCCUCAGGCCGGCAUCAACGGCCAGGGCAACUCGUUCCACUCAUGGAGCUAUCCCGCACGCUGGUGGCGACACUACAAUGCCAUUGGCUACAUCGCAGCCAACGGUGGCGAGCACGACUUUGACAGCCCUACCUCGUUCAACGACGACGUGAGCUUCGUUGUCAGCGCAGGCUUUGCUUAA